AUGGUGCAAGUCAAGCUUCGCAGCCGCGAGCCCCAGCAGCUGUGGAGGAUCCAAGUAGCAGCAGGGGACGAGAUGCGGGCUGGCGGACAGCUGAGUGGUGAUGGCUCAGCCCUGGCUGGCUCACCUUUUCCUCUGGCACCAGCCACGGGACAAAGAAUAAUCCACCUGGCAGAGAUGCCCUACAAGUGCUUCCAAUGUGGUAAAUCCUUUAAGAAAAAUGGCAACUUGUUGAUACAUCUGAGGACUCAUAGCAGCGAGAAGCUGUAUGACUGUCCAGAUUGUGGGAAACAUUUCAUUGGAUAUUCUCACUUCGUGAGACACCUGAGGAGUCACACAGGAGAGAAACCUUUUGAAUGCCCUGAUUGUGGGAAAAGUUUCAGUUAUAACUCCGAACUGGUAAGACAUCAGAGAAGUCACACAGGAGAGAAACCCUUUGAAUGUCCACUUUGUGGGAAAAGUUUCAGCCAGAAUUCUGACCUCGUGAAACACCAAAGGACUCACACAGGAGAGAAACCCUUUGAAUGUCGUCUUUGUGGGAAAGGUUUCAGACAAAAUUCCAGCCUGGUAAGUCAUCAGAGAACUCACACAGGAGAGAAACCUUUUGAAUGUCCUGUUUGUGGGAAAAGUUUCAGUCGGAAUUAUCUCCUGGUGAUCCACCAGAGCACUCACACAGGAGAAAAACCCUUUGAAUGUCCCAUUUGUGAGAAAAGUUUCAGACAGAAUUAUGACCUGGUGAUACACCAGAGGACUCACACAGGAGAGAAACCCUUUGAAUGUCCUGUUUGUGGGAAAUGUUUCAGUCAGAAUUCCAGCCUCAUAAGUCAUCAGAGGACUCAUACAGGAGAGAAACCCUUUGAAUGUUCUGUUUGUGGGAAAGGUUUCAGCAAGAAUUCCAACCUGGUAACACAUCAGAGGACCCACACAGGAGAAAAACCCUUUGAAUGUCCUGUUUGUGGGAAAAGUUUCAGUCAGAAUUCUGACCUGGCAAAACACCAGAGGACUCACACUGGACAGAAACCCUUUGACUGUCGUCUUUGUGGGAAAUGUUUCAGACAGAAUUCUGACUUGGUGAAACACCAGAGGAUUCACACAGGAGAGAAACCUUUUGAAUGUCCUGUUUGUGGGAAAAGUUUCAGUCGGAAUUAUCCCCUGGUGAUCCAUCAGAGGACUCACACAGGAGAAAAACCCUUUGAAUGUGCUCUUUGUGGGAAAAGUUUCAGACAGAAUUAUGAAUUGGUGAAACACCAGAGGACUCACACAGGAGAGAAACCCUUUGAGUGCCCAGUUUGUGGGAAAAGCUUCAGUCAGAAUUCUUAUCUGGCAGAACACCAGAGGACUCACACAGGGGAGAAACCCUUUGAAUGUCCUCUUUGUGGGAAAGGUUUCAGCCAGAAUUCCACUCUGGUAACACAUCAGAGGACACACACAGGAGAAAAACCCUUUGAAUGUCCUGUUUGCGGGAAAUGUUUCUGUUACAAUUCCAGCCUGGUGAGCCAUCAGAGGACUCACACAGGAGAGAAACACUUCGAAUGUUCUGAUUGUGGGAAAAUUUUCAGUCAGAAUUCUCACCUGGUGAGCCAUCAGAGGACUCACACAGGAGAGAAACCCUUUGAAUGUCCUGAUUGUGGAAAAAGUUUCAGUCACAGUUCCAGCCUGGUAAAACACCAGAGGACUCACACAGGAGAGAAACCCUUUGAAUGUUCUUUUUGCAAGAAGAGUUUCAGUCAGAAUUAUGACCUGGUGAAACACCAGAGGACUCACACUGGACAGAAACCCUUUGACU